CAGAGACCAUGGUGCCUGCGAUUCUCCUCUUGCUCACCCUGCUUGCCAUCGGAGGCGACUGCGGGAGAAGAAGACAUGCCUCCCCCCAAUGUCUGGAGUUCGACAUCCUGUGCAAAGCUGAUGAUUUUGAGGUACGUCGAUACAACGAGUCGGUCUGGGUCGGCACGCAGGUGAACGGCAGCAAUCGCCGGGCGCUCAUAGAGGCCAGGAGAACCUUGAGAAAGUACACAACAGGCUCCAACGUGGAAGGGGCAUGGAUUGGAAGGACAGGGCAACUGCUUACCUCCGUGGCCGAGAAUGGAGAAAGGAACCUGUUCAUGCUGCUUCCCACAGAGGAGCAGAACAACCCUCGAACACCCACAGACCCUCAGGUGUUUAUCCGACGUUUCCCGAGUAUGGAGGUGUUCGUCAGGAAUCUUGGGUUUGGGAAUGCCGAACUGGAAAGCAGUCUCUUUAACCAGACACUCACCGAUGAGGGUGCCCAGUUCAAUGACACCACCUUCUUUGUAUCGUUCUGCAGAAGAGGCCGGCGGGGACGUGCAGGACCGAGGAUGAAACGUUCAUCCAGCGAGAGCAACAGUGACGAAGCAUCAGAUGCGUCUGGGAGCGACAGUAACGAUGCUUCCGGGGACAGCAACUCAGACGAGGAGGACAGACGCAGACGCAGACGCUCGGCCGUGGCACUGAGGGUGGCGAGGAGCGACAGUGACGAAGCAUCAGAUGCGUCCGGGAGCGACAGUAACGAUGCUUCCGGGGACAGCAACUCAGACGAGGAGGACAGACGCAGACGCAGACGCUCGGCCGUGGCACUGAGGGUGGAGAGGAGCGACAGUGACGAAGCAUCAGAUGCGUCCGGGGACAGCAACUCAGACGAGGAGGACAGACGCAGACGCAGACGCUCGGCCGUGGCUCUCAGGGUGGCGAGGAGCGACAGUGACGAAGCAUCAGAUGCGUCCGGGAGCGACAGUAACGAUGCGUCAGAUGCGUCCGGGGACAGCAACUCAGACGAGGAGGGCAGACGCAGACGCAGACGCUCGGCCGUGGCACUCAGGGUGGCGAGGAGCGACAGUGACGAAGCAUCAGAUGCGUCCGGGAGCGACAGUAACGAUGCUUCCGGGGACAGCAACUCAGACGAGGAGGACAGGCAUAGACGCUCAGCUGCAGAGGAGCUGGACUUCAUGUCGGGAAUUGAUACGAGGAGACGCCGAGCUCCUGGUCGCCAGAGGCCCAAGAGCAGAGAGAUCUGGUUCAUCGCGACUGGGAACUCCAACUGCCCCAUCCCAUGAGCCAGGCGCGGACUCAUGGACGGAGAAUCACGGCUUCGCUUCACGCUACACACGCUUUCCCUCGCUGCUAAACUGCACCCAGUCGCCGGCUCCCCGCGACCAUCGUCUGUCGACUGUCCUCCCCAAAUCAUAGAGCACCAGCUCCGUGCAACAUCUCCUGCCUGGAUAUCUCCCAGUGGCUCCGCUGUGAUCCAGAACAUCGGACCCAGGCAGAGGAAGGUCCGUGGCCAUGAGAAGAACCAGGCCAUCACUGCCCACCUCCAGUCUGGUGGCACCCCGAGUGACACUAUUCAAGAGGAGAGAUCUACCCGCCCCAGGGUCAACAAGCAUCAGACCAGGAGACCCUGAUUACAUUCAUCCUUGGACAUUCCUGACAUUUCAGAUUCAGAUUCAGAUUCAAUUUUAAUUGUCAUUGUCAGUGUACAGUACAGAGACAACGAAAUACAUUUCCCAAAGACUCCCUGCACACUCCUCCUGAAUCCCCCCCCCCAUACCUUGGACAUUCCCAAUGUUCCUUCUGGCUUCCUUGGGCAUUCCCAACAUUCCUCUGAGAUCCCUUGGACAUUCCCAACAUUCCUCUGAGAUCCCUUGGACAUUCCCAACAUUCCUCUGAGAUUCUUUGGACAUUCCCAACAUUCCUCUGAGAUUCUUUGGACAUUCCCAACAUUCCUCUGGGAUCCCUUGGACAUUCCCAACAUUCCUCUGAGAUCCAUUGGGCAUUCCCAACAUUCCUCUGAGAUUCUUUGGACACUCCCAACAUUCCUCUGAGAUCCCUUGGACAUUCCUAACAUUCCUCUGAGAUCCCUUGGGCAUUCCCAACAUUCCUCUGAGAUUCUUUGGACAUUCCCAACAUUCCUCUGAGAUUCCAUGGAAAUUCCCAACCUUCCUCUUAGACUACUUGGACCUUCCGAAGAUUCCUCCUGAACCCCUUGGACGUUGCUCCUUGGACAUUCCCAUUUCUCCCAGAAUGCUUGGACUUUCCUGACGUCACCCCUGGACUCUGUGAAACUUCACCCCUUGGCGCCUGGAUGUCAAUGGGAACCUGGGCCCAACCCUGCCAUCAUCUGGGACCUGAGGUUUCAGCCACUGUUGCCUUCUCAAGGCCAGCACGUCACCCCCAUACUGACCCAACUCUGCUUCCACUGCACAACUUUCAAUAAAGCUUAUACUGUUUGCAUCAA